GGGCCCGCGCGUGUCUCGGUUGCCUGGAUACCGCCGCGAAGCAGUAGCGGCGGCUUACGCGCCAGUUGCCGGGUCGCGGCCGUUGCUAGAACUGGCGGUCGGUCCUCAUUUUCCGAGGAGCCCGAGGAGGAGCGGCACACCUUGAUUCUUCCCAGCUUGGUCCUGGUCUGCGGAGAGCGAUGCCGCUUCCCGACACCAUGUUCUGCGCGCAGCAGAUCCACAUUCCCCCGGAACUGCCGGACAUCCUGAAGCAGUUCACCAAGGCUGCGAUCCGCACCCAGCCCGCCGACGUGCUGCAGUGGUCCGCGGGGUAUUUUUCAGCUUUGUCAAGAGGAGAUCCACUUCCUGUAAAAGACAGAAUCGAAAUGCCCAUGGCCACUCAGAAAACAGACACAGGCCUGACUCAAGGACUCCUUAAAGUUUUGCACAAGCAGUGUAGCCACAAGGAAUAUGUGGAAUUAGCAGAUCUUGAGCAGAAAUGGAAAAAUCUGUGCCUGCCAGUAGAAAAAUUCAGAGCUCUCUUGCAGUUGGAUCCUUGUGAAAACAAAAUCGAGGGGAUAAAAUUUUUAGCGCUUGGAUGCAGCAUGCUUGGUGGGUCAUUGAACACUGCGAUGAAGCACCUGUGUGAGAUCCUGACCGCUGACCCCGAGGGGGGGCCUGCGCGCAUCCCCUUUGAGACUUUCUCCUACGUCUACCGUUACCUGUCGGGACUCGACUCGGAUAUACCUGCAUCGGACACGGAGUCCUACCUCUCCUCUCUGAAGGACAGCGUGAGGGCCUGGAGGACUCACCGGCUGGAAGAGCAUCCAUGACUGGGAAGCAAACUGGACCAUCAACUUGGACCAGCACUUGGUCCACUGGACAGAGAGAAGCAUUGAGAUCCUUUAUUUGCUUUCUUGAUAUAAAGUCUUCAAAAUGACAGUGUCAAUGAAUACAUCUCAGAUUGUUUUUCUGAGAACUUGGGAAUGGUUUGGCUUGUUGGCUCUCUGCAGAUUUGUUACCAUGCUAGUAAAUUUCAUCGGUGUUCAAAGACUUGUGAAAACCCAAAGUUAGGAGAUGCAGUUGUUAUCUAAAGAAGUGUGUCAUUUUUUGCACUGAAAGGUGUGAAGCAUAUUUUUCAUCUGGACACUAAGCUACUGUAUGUGAGAUGAUCUUUUUCCUGGACUUACAGUCACCCUUGCAGUGAACAGACGAUAUAGAGAGACUAUUCGUAAAAUUACAAGAAACUUUUCAGAGUUGGCAUUUUAAGAGCUUUUGCAAUUUUUGAGUUGCUUUAAACCUUCUCAAAGUUUGAUUUCCCCAAAGAAUUUAAGUAUUUUUCUCCUUCUAAUCAUAAAGCCUCCAUGCACGGGGUUAAGUGGAAAGAUACCUUAGGUUUUGUAUGAGUGCAGUGGUAAGUCGUGUGGAGUGACCAGAUGUGUGCAGGGGAAGUACUGCAGCAGGAAGGGGCAUGCAAAGGAAGCGGUGUGCAAAGGAAGACACACAAACGGUGCUUGGACAUCCCGUGCACCUGACACAGACCCGACAAAGGCGCAGAGGGUUUUGUGUUUUUUUAAGCCAGACAAUCAGCCACCUCAGGAGGCACACGUGAGGCAAGAGAGCACAGGACAUUUGCAUGUGACAAAGAGAAGAGAUGUUGGCCUGCUAUCAGGGGACAGAAAAGGGACAACUUAAUACGAUGCAUUCAUAGCCGCUCCUCAGAGGGCACCACGAACGGAUGGAGGACUUGGGAGAGGCUCCCCGCCCGAACUGGGGUGGGGGCAGCUCUGGAGAGUGACCUGCCUGCGGGGUUUGCAGGGACUGAGCUGCCUGGAGUGUCACUGGACCCACUGGAGGUCGGCAGGGUACCUGGGUGAACAAACUGCUAGACUGCUGUCCAAGUUGGGCGUGGGACUGACAAGGAACGUUGAGGUAUAAAGGCCGCAAAGUAGCAUCCUCAGGCAAUAUUGUUCCAAUGAACCCUUCCUGAGGAAGCUGCUAGAGAGUUUCAGACAAAGAGAUUGGGGAGGUCAACGUAAGGACCAGUGUAUACGGAAUGUAUAUUUCUCCACAGAACUGAGACUAAAUGAUGGUGAUAAAGGAUGUGCUAUCGUGUAUAAUGGCUGUGCGUGCUGACAACAUAGGGACAUAUCAUCUAUCGAAUAUCGGAGACUGGGGGGUCUAUAUGAAAAGAAUCAGCUGAUUGAUUGUCAUAUAAUUAUUAACCAGAAGUAAACCAACAUUCAUAUCAGUUAUCUGGGGGAUGGAGAGGGAAGAAGAGUUUUCUAGCCAAUUUCAAUACUGAUCAUUGUAGAGAACCAACACACAUAGCCUGAAAAGAAAAGACCAAGGAUAUUAUCUAGAGAUACCUACGGUAAUCAUUACAGCAGAAAUACAAGCCUUCCUAAAUACCAAUAUAAAUAGACAGGUAGGUAGGUAAAAAGAGAGAACCUCUGAAAGCUGAACCAAAAAAUGUUUACAUAUAGGAGGGAGGCCGGGAGGGAACAGAUGGAGGAGGCUUGAAGCUGGUCUUCUCUGAAAGUCCCUUUUUGUUGAUUUUGGAAUCCUGUAAGUAUUUUACAUAAUUAUAAAACAAAAUUACAUUUUAAAAAAUCCCUGAAACUUGAAAGUAAAAUGAAACCAAUGAACUUGACUGUGUAUCAAGUCGGUGGUAUAACCACAGGAACUAUUCCAAGUGACUUUACAACAAGUCACUUGAACAUUCCUAGUGGAAUAUACAGUAACAAACAAAAGUUACAAAACAGUUAAAAAUCCCAAAUUGUUUUCAGUGAUCAGUGUUGGCAGUAAUGGGAUAAGUGAGUAUUUCGGUGGCAGUAAGAACCUGGAUUUUUGUCCAGGAAUGGAGGAAUGAAGAAAGAAAGAUAAGGUUAAGUCAAAAUCCUGUGGUCCUGAGUUAGAACUGGAGCAUCUGCAUGAAAUCAUCAUCCCUGUGCAAUGGAAAGGCCUAGAAGCAGCGAUGCAUCCAGUCAUCGGGGAGUACACCCAACAGCCAGCUGUGGUCCUUAAACCCCUCUAUCCACGGAAAGGAGCUGGGGCUCCUUGAAGCAGAACUGAUCCGGGUCUUGGGUAGGGAAUGUUCGAGGUGAAGCCCAGGACAAAGUGUCGUACUAGCGACAAGCUGUAAUGGACUUUCGGGUUCGUGUCCAAAGUCAAGUUGAAUGAACUUCCGCUUGCCCUGCUCUUCAGGGAUCCUUCCCUAUGACCGUCCUCCAGCAAUACAGAAGAUUCCUUGCCACUUGCCAAUGGUUACACCAUUUUCUCCAUUUCCCUCUAAAAAUGUGCUCUCUGGAGUGGACCAUGAGUCUCUAAACAGACCCCACGUCAGAGAGGAGAGGGCCCCUCCCGUGCGGUCGCUCCCCAGGAGCCAGGCCUGCUGCUUCCCGGAGGACCCUGCCGCCUGGCCCAGCGGGAAGGCAGGUGUUCAGCCAUCAGAAUGUCACCAAGUUGGCCUCAGAGCUGCUUAAACAAGGUGCCCUUCUAGGGGCCUGAGGACCGAGAGUGGGCCCCUCCCAAGCCUACAGGGGCUGCGCCCAUGACUACUUUGGGGCCUGUUUGCUAACAAGUGUCUGUCCAUUGGGCAGAAUUUGGGGUGAGACUUGCUUUCACUGUAACUGUCUAGUGAGGGGGGCUACGGGGGGAUGUAGAGCCAGCACCUCCUCUUGUCGCUGGAGGCCACCCCCUUUCACCAAGAGAGCCUCAUCAGAUUGCUGACCAGCCAAACUGGCUUAGGUCAAGAAGAUACAUUUGGGUGGAAUUUUAUAAGACUGAGAAUAGAUGAAUAUUGCCAUAAAUAAACUUGCUAAUGGGGACAUCUGAACUCAAAAAACAUAAAUCAGGGGAUACUGUUUCACUUUACAAAAAAUCAUGUGUUAACACAACAC